UCGGGACAAAAUGACGAAAACACAACAGAACGUAGAAAAACAACGUGCCGUCCUUUCAGCAUAAAUAACUAGGCUAGCUAUAACUUUGUUUUAAGAUAUAUUUAUUAGUGCAAAAAUAAUUAGACAGUGCGUCAACAAUACUUCCUGCUACAGCAGGUGGCAGUAUGCGCUCUCCAGGUUGGUUUUAUGAUCCUUCAGCGAGCAAGAAGAAGAGCACGUCAACAGCACUGAUGGGAGAAAUGUGGCGCUCGUCUAACAUGACCAGUGUCAGUUAGUUAGUUUAUACUGUCUUGAGAUCUAACUGCAGUCCCGAUGACACCAGCGGGAACGCUUCCCGAGGCAACAUGACGACACUGAGGAGGAUUAGUUCCUGGUUAGCGCUCCUGCAGCGACCCUGCGCGCAGAGCUGUCAGAGGGCUGCUCCAACGCCCUGCAGACUCCUGAACGCACCGCACCAUGCUGCUGCAGCGAGCCGUGCGUCUCCCCUGCAGUGCAGGGCGCUUGCGCUCUCUGCAUGGAGGUCGAAGCACUCGGGGGACUUCGGCAGCGGUCGCCACACGGCAUUCGCCGAGGAUGAGGAUGAAGAUUUCAUGGAUGACAGCGAGGUGGAGGAGCUGUUUCAGCAGCACGUUCCUGCAGGCAUCGGAGAGGGUCAGCACAGGGUGUUCAUCGUUCACCCUGAUGUGAAGUGGGGGAGCAGGAAGCAGCAUCUGACCACCGCCGAGCUGAUGAUGGCCGAGGCUGUGGGGCUCGUGAACACUUUAGACAACUGGAGAGUGGUGGACAAGAUCAUCCUCUCCACCAAGACACCAGAGAAGAAGAGGAUAUUUGGCAAAGGCAACUUCCAGUCUCUUGCAGAGAAAAUCAGGCAAACAGCAGGGAUCACUGCCGUGUUUGUGAAUGUUGAGCGUCUGUCUCCUUUGUCUGAGAGGGAGCUGGAGGAGGCCUGGGGGGUUAAAGUCUUUGACAGAUACUCAGUGGUCCUCCACAUCUUCCGUUGCAACGCCAAGACUAAAGAGGCCAAGUUACAGAUCUCUCUGGCAGAGAUCCCCUUGUUAAGAUCUCGUCUGAGAAAUGAAAUCGCAAACUUGGACCAGCAGGGUGGAGGGUCGAGAUACAUCGGAGGUUCAGGCGAGACGCUGCUGGAGGUCCAGCAGAGACUGCUGAAGGAGCGGGAGAUGAAGAUUCGCUCAGCGCUGGAAAAACUGCGCAAGAAGAGGCAGAUGCUGCGAUCUCAGCGUAAACACAAGGAGUUCCCCAUCGUCUCUGUGUUGGGAUACACAAACUGUGGAAAAACAACCCUGAUCAAAGCACUGACUGGUGACAGUGGUCUUCAACCCAGAAACCAGCUUUUCGCCACGCUGGAUGUCACCGUCCAUGCCGGCCAGUUGCCCAGUCACAUGACUGUUCUGUACGUGGACACCAUCGGCUUCCUGUCCCAGCUGCCCCACCAGCUCAUUGACUCCUUCUCUGCCACCCUGGAAGAUAUUAAAUACUCAGAUCUGCUGGUUCACGUCAGAGACAUCAGUCACCCGGAGACGGUGAAUCAGAAGCUGAAUGUACUGAAUGUCCUCAAGAACCUGCGAAUCCCUGACAGGCUGAUGAGCUCCAUGAUAGAAGUCCACAAUAAAAUUGACCUCGUCGACAGCUAUCAGUUUACAGAGCCCAGCGCACUGCCCAUAUCUGCCUUGGAAGAGCGAGGCCUCGAUGAGCUGAAGAAAGCAGUGGAAGAAGAGAUUGUGAACUCUACAGGAAAACACAUUUUAGAUCUCAAAGUUGACCUCGGCACUCCUCAGUUAAGUUGGCUGCACAAGGAAGCCACCGUUCAGGACGUGCAGGUGAACGCAGACGAAGGCUCGGCUGUUGUCAAGGUCAUCAUCAGCACGGCUGCUUACGGACGCUACAAGAAACUGUUCACAGGCAGAUAGCAAAGUAGGGAGGAGGGUGAUCCUUCCUGCUGCAGCUCCAAAUAAAUGACUGGUCCAUGACUGUACCACAAACAUCUUUAUUUAAAGAAAAAGACUAUUUAUUGUACAGUAUAUUCAAAUGUUUAUAUACAUACAAUAAUACAAAAGUAUUAUUUUGUAAAACAAUGACAUACGUUCUUGUAAACAUAUAUAAAUUGUAGAUUCAAAACAUA